AUUUGGAUGUUAGAUUAAACGAGAUAUGAUCAGGGAGUUGCUCUUUGGUUUCUUGUUAAUUCAUUCAUCUCUCGCCAAACAUGGGUAUCUCAGCCGCGAAAACAAACCUCCAAGACGAGCACGGUUGCAAGUCAUUCCUGGUCCUGGCCCUGGUCCGGGGCCAGGAAAGAAAUGGCUAACUUUGAACGGCGGGGAGCCGUUGGUGAUCGCCCAAGGCGGUUUCCCGGGGCUAUUCCCGGAUUCAUCCGGUACGGGAUAUACCGCCGCUAUAGCAAUGAGUGUGCCUGGUACCCUUAAGUAUUGUAACUUGCAACUCACGAAAGAUAAUCUAGGAAUUUGUCUACCGGACAUAAAGCUCGAUAACUGCACGGACGCAGCUACCAAGUUCCCAAAGCAGCAACGAAAGUACAACAUUAACGGGCGGGAUGUCGAUGGUUGGUUCCCUCUUGAUUUGACUAUCGACGAGAUAAUGAAGGAGAUAAGUUUGUUGCAGAACAUCUACUCAAGAGCAAGUGUUUUUGAUUUCGUGUACCCUCCGCUUCAACCCGAUAGUGUUUUCGGCAUCGAACCUAAAGGCAAACUAUGGUUAAAUGUUCAGAACGAUGCGUUUUGGAGCGCACAUCAGUUAAGUGCAGUACGAUAUAUCGAUGAUUCCAAGGAAUUCUUUGUAGCUGAUUACAUAUCAUCACCUGAGAUCGGUUUCUUGAAAGCCGUGGGAACAAGCAAAACGUUUGACAAGAUCAAAACGAAGCUCGUAUUCAAGUUCUCGACACCCGACAGUGUUGAGCCUACUUACAAGGAAACAUAUGGCGCCCUUGUAAAGAAGCUCGCGAUGAUCAAGACAUUCGCUUCUGGAAUUCUUGUCCCGAAAGACUACAUAUGGCCCGUUGGGAAAGACGGAUACCUUCAGCCUGCAACAACCCUUGUCGCCGAUGCUCAUAGAGAAGGCCUCACAGUGUAUGCUUUGGGUUUUGCAUCCGAUGUAUUUGCAAGUUACAAUUAUAGUUAUGAUCCGGCAGUUGAGUACCUGCACUUUGUCGAUAAUUCAAAAUUUUCAGUCGAUGGAGUUGUUACAGAAUUCCCAGGAUCGGCUUCGAAUGCCAUCGCGUGCUUAGCGCAAAAUCCAAAUCUGAGCCCAAAGGUCGCAAACGCUUUGGUAAUAUCUCACAAUGGUGCGAGUAUCGACUACCCUGGGUGCACCGAUCUCGCAUACAAGAAGGCAAUCAAUGACGGGGCAGACAUAAUCGAUUGCAACGUUCAAAUGACAAAAGAUGGCGUCGCGUUUUGCUUAGAGUCGGCUGAUCUACUAGGAAAAACCAAUGCAGCCAUGGCAUUUAUGGAUCGAUCGACUACCAUCCCCGGAAUCCAACCAAAAAGUGGCGUUUUCACCUUCGAUGUCACCUGGACUGAGAUCAAAUCCGUCAAUCCCUUGAUUCAAAACCCGUUUCAGUCUGCCGGAUUGUCGCGAAACCCUAAAUCAAAGAAUGCCGGAAAGUUUCUAACGCUACCGGAGUUCUUGGAGCUUGCCAAGAAGAAUGCAACAACCGGUAUUCUCAUCGGAAUCCAACACGCUGCAUACCUGGCAUCGAAGAAAGGCCUUGACAUCAUCACGUCCAUCAACAACGCAUUAAAGAACGCAAAACUGGAUUCGAAACAUCAAAUUUUGAUCCAAUCAGACGACACAUCAGUGUUAGCAAAGUUCAAAUCAUCGUCACCAAAUUACCGGCGAGUAUUGUUAUUCAGCAAGCCAAUUAGCUCAGCACCGAAACCAGUAACCGACAACAUCAAAAAAUACGCCGAUGCAGUCAACGUAGUGAAGAAAUCAAUCGUUCAGGAGAGUAAGAUCUUCUUCUCCACCGGAUCAACGAAAAUUGUUGAAGAAAUGCAUGCUGCAAACAUAUCAGUAUAUGUUUCCGGAUUUUCAACGGAGACAUUGAGUAUGAUGCUAGAUUUUUACAGUGAUCCGUACACUGAACUUAUUUCGUUCAUGGCGGAAGGUAUCGACGGUGUCAUCACUGAUAAUCCGAAAACAGCAAGUGCAUUUAUGAGGAGUCCGUGUGUGGAUCCAAAAAGUACGGCACCGUUCGUGUUUAAUCCGAUUAAACCCGGUGAUUACCUAGCGCAAGUUGAACCGACGGUUUUGCCACCAGCAGCCGCGCCACUGCCGCCGCUUCAGGUGGCGGAUGUUGUGGAUCCUCCGUUGCCUCCGGUUGAUGCUUCCGCACGUAAAGAGAACGGUGAUGGGGGUAGCGGUGACGGUGGUGGUAAAUCUGGCCAGCGGAGAUUAGGUGUUGAUGUGGUGAUGAUGAGCUUAAUGUUAUUCGGAUUGGUGUAUGUAAUUGGAUGUUGAUGUUGAUUUAGUGUGGUUGUA